CGCUGGAGGCUGGCCCGCGGGCCGGGAGCAGCUCGCCCGGGGAGCCGCCGCCGUGGGCCCUGAGCGUGGGCAGCGGCGCUUGGGAAUCGCGGGCGGGACGGCUCGCUCUGCCCCGGGGCUCGUCGAGAGUUCCGGCGGCGGCCGCGGCGGCGAGCCUCCCUUUGUCCUCCUAGGACCUCCCUCCCUCCGUCCCUCCCUCCCUCCUCCUCGGGCCGGGAGUGGGUCCCGCGGACCCAGGCGCCGGCGCCCCCGCUGCCCGCAGCCCCCCCACCCCGGGGUGCGUCCCGGUCCCUCCUGCCACCCUAGCGUCCCGCCGGGGUCGCGCCGAGGGGGCUCGGAGCCCGAGGGAGCCGCAGGCCCCCGGCCGCAGGAUGGUGGCGGGGCCGUUCCCAGCCCGCCGUCCCGGGAGCUGGCUGGUCCCGGGGCUGUGGCUGCUGGCUCUCAGCGGCCCUGGGGCGCUGGUGAGCGCCCAGGAGCAGCCGUCCUGCAGUGGAGCUUUUGAUCUCUACUUCGUCCUGGACAAGUCUGGGAGUGUGGCCAAUAACUGGAUUGAAAUUUACAAUUUUGUCCAUCAACUUACAGAGAGAUUUGUGAGCCCUCAAAUGAGAUUAUCUUUCAUUGUGUUUUCUUCUCAAGCAACCAUUAUUUUGCCAUUAACUGGAGACAGAGGCAAAAUCAGUGAAGGCUUGGACAAUCUAAAGCGGGUCAGUCCCGUGGGAGAGACGUACAUCCAUGAAGGCCUAAAGCUAGCAAAUGAACAAAUUGAGAAAGCAGGAGGCCUGAAAACCUCCAGUAUCAUAAUUGCUCUGACAGACGGUAAGUUGGACGGUCUGGUGCCAUCGUACGCAGAGAAGGAGGCAAAGAUAUCCAGGUCACUGGGGGCCAGAGUUUAUUGUGUUGGUGUCCUUGACUUCGAACAAGCUCAGCUUGAAAGAAUUGCCGAUUCCAAGGAGCAGGUUUUCCCUGUCACAGGUGGAUUUCAAGCUCUUAAAGGAAUAAUUAAUUCUAUACUAGCUCAGUCAUGCACUGAAAUCCUGGAAUUGCGGCCCUCAAGUGUCUGUGUGGGGGAGGAAUUUCAAAUUGUUUUGAAUGGAAGAGGUUUCAGCUUGGGCAGUCGGAAGGGCAGUGUCCUCUGUACCUACACCGUGAAUGAAACAUACACCAAGAGUGUAAUGCCAGUGAGUGUGGAACAUAAUUCCAUGCUUUGUCCUGCACCUACCCUGCAUGAAGUUGGAGAAACUCUUGAUGUUUCGGUGAGUUUUAACGGAGGGAAGUCUGUCAUCUCAAGCUCACUAAUUGUCACGGCCACAGAAUGUUCUAAUGGGAUUGCAGCCGUCAUCGCUAUUUUGGUGUUACUGCUACUCCUGGGUAUCGGUUUGAUGUGGUGGUUUUGGCCCCUUUGCUGCAAAGUGGUUAUCAAGGAUCCUCCUCCACCACCACCUCCUGCACCAAAAGAGGAGGAAGAAGAACCUCUGCCUACCAAGAAAUGGCCAACCGUGGAUGCUUCCUAUUAUGGUGGCCGAGGGGUUGGAGGAAUUAAAAGAAUGGAGGUUCGUUGGGGUGAUAAGGGAUCUACUGAGGAAGGUGCAAGACUGGAGAAGGCCAAAAAUGCUGUCGUGAAGAUUCCUGAAGAACCAGAGGAACCCGUCAGGCCUAGACCACCUCGCGCCAAACCCACACACCAGCCUCCUCAGACAAAGUGGUACACGCCAAUUAAGGGUCGGCUGGACGCGCUCUGGGCUUUGCUGAGGAGGCAGUACGACCGGGUGUCCUUGAUGCGACCUCAGGAAGGAGACGAGGGCCGGUGCAUAAACUUCUCCCGGGUUCCUUCCCAAUAAAGCGAAUCUGGAAGACCAAGAGGUAUGAAGAAGGUCCAUCUACAAGGCCGGUUUCCAUCCAGAUGAAAACCAGUGCAUUUAGAAGUUGUUGGAAGAGCAGCUCUGUUCGUCUCAGUCAGGAAAUGUUUCCUCUACCUUCUUCUGCUUUGCUUUACACCAGACCUUUUCAAACACUUGUUCUGCCAUCUACAUGGGCGUUGAUGAAACCCAGGGGCACCGCCUGCUUCAGGACACCGGCCACAGAGAGGAGCACGGUUAUAACCUCCGUGCCGUGGUUUCUGCAAGAGAGUCCGUCUGAAUGUGUAGAAGAGGAGAAAGCAAAACCAGAAGCGUGUGCAUGAGCUCAAAAUAGGGACCGCGAAACGAUGGCGACGGCGGACCUGCCGUGGAGAACGGGGUGUUCCACGUGAAAACGCGGCACUGGGUUUUACACGGCAAGCGGGUUCGCCCCGGCGGCGUGUGAGCUUUGCCACCGGGCCGAGCAGCUCGAGGAGGCUGUUGCCUCGCAGCUCUGUCGGGGCGCGAAAUCCGUCCGCGCCCCUCUCACCGUGUGCCUCCCGGGGAGCUUGGGACUGGGAAACCGUGUCCCUCCAGCGCGGAGGAGGGCGCACACGUGGCGGAAUUGGGCAGGAUGCCUCGAGGUGCUGGGAGCGAGCGAGAUU